AUGAGCGGCCCCGGCGGGGCGGCGGCGCCCGCCGGCCCCGCGCCGCCCGCGCCGGAGGAGGGCAUGACGUGGUGGUACCGCUGGCUGUGUCGCCUGUCGGCGGUGCUGGGGGCAGCGUCGUGCGCCAUCUCGGGCCUCUUCAACUGUGUCACCAUCCACCCCCUGAACAUCGCGGCCGGCGUGUGGAUGAUCCUGAAUGCCUUCGUGCUGCUGCUGUGCGAGGCGCCCUUCUGCUGCCCGUUCAUCGAGUUUGCGAACACGGUGGCCGCGAGGGUGGACCGCCUGCGCUCCUGGCAGAAGGCCGGCUUCUACUGCGGGAUGGCCGUGGUCCCCAUCAUCAUCAGCCUGACGCUGACCACACUGCUGGGUAACGCCAUCGCCUUUGCCACGGGUGUGCUGUACGGACUCGCCGCUCUGGGCAGGAAGGGCGAUGCCAUCUCCUACGCCAGGAUCCAGCAGCAGAAGCAGCAGGCAGAUGAGGAGAAACUCACAGAGACCCUGGAGGGGGAGCUGUGACAGAGCAGCCCUCCCUGCCCGGCUCUCCGGCUCCUGGGGACAGCCUGGGGACGGGCCUCCACCUGGCUCCCUCAGCCCCUCUGCACGCUCUCCACAUGUCGCCUCCUGGUCCUGAGCGCCAGGCCCAGGCAGGCGUGGAGGUGGGUGGGGUGGCAGGCAGUGCCAGGCUGCUGGGCCCCACUCCUGCCAGCCAGCCUGGCUGGGCUAGGGCAGACUGGGGGAUUUCCAGACUCCUCAGCUGGAGGCCUAGGAGGGCUGAGACUCCGGCUUGCCUGUGUCUGGAGGUGGGUCUGGCCUUCGGCAGGAGAGGCCCGAAGCUGAGCCAUUGGCCCCCCGGCUGCCUGUCCAUGGUGCUGCCUGCCGUUGCUGGGGCUCCACAUCUGUCCUUGGUGGCAAGCAACAGCUCGGUAGGGGUGCUUGUGUCCCCAGCCCCCAGGACUGGACCUCAGGACAAGGAGUCCCGGUAUGCCCUCUUGGACCUGGCCACCGCUACGUCCUUCUCGGCCUGUAGGCCUGCGUGCUCACCUGUGGGACGGUCCUGGCCUGGUUCACAGUGGCUGAGACCACUUAGCAGGGCUGAGCCUGACCGGCCUCUAAUGCUUCUGCUCCACCCCUGCCCUUGGAGGGCUUGCUGCCCACUGCCUGCAGCUCCCCUACCGCCCCGGCACCGGGCAGGGGAGCCGGCCUGUGGCAAGGAGAGCUGACAUCUGGUGGGGCUCCUGGGAGCUGCACCAGCACUGACCUGCCCUAUCCACACCUGCCUGUGGCUUCUGCCACCCAAGCUUGGUGGCACUGGUAGAGGAGGGUGUGUGUGGAAUGCAGGGGCCCGCCCCCGCCCCAGCAGCCCUCCAGGGAGCCUGCCCAGGCUGACCCCAGGGUGGCAGGAACCUGGGGUGCAGCCCGGGUGGGGACGUGUGCCUUAGAGGCCCCCCAGGGUCCCCUUUCUCAGGCCAGUGCUGGGUCUAAGGGCUGUAGACGCCAGGCUUCUCCAGGCCAGCUGCGUGUGUGUGUGUGUGUGCGCGCGCGCGUGUGCCGUGAAUAGACCUGUCUACCUCCCAGGAGGAGCCAGGGUCCUGCCUGCCCCUCUUGGCUCUUUCUUAUCUUGGAGGUGGGACUCGGGGUCGCAUCCGCCCAGAGGGGAGGAGGGCCCGGGGGGGAAGAGCGCACCUCGCCCCAGAGCGGCAGGGCUGGGGCUGGGGCCGACGCAGCGGUGGGCUGGAGCGCGAGGCCGGGUCCUUGUCAGAUGGGGCACGGGGGGCCCUGCCGGGGGUUGCGGUCUCCAGCCGUGUAGUCCUGGGCAGGACCUGAGUGGCUCGGUGCCGCAGGGCAGGCCCCUGCCGGAGGUGCCGACAGUCUGUGCACCCCGUUUUCUCGACAGCUUGUGUUCUGAGCAAUAAAGCCUGGUGGCGUUUUGUUUGCUCUCCCCUGAGCCCGUUCUCUGCCGCCCAA